AUGGCUCCUUUCACUCCUCGAGGUGGUGCCCGUGGAGGCCGUGGCGGCGCUCGUGGAGGCGGCCGUGGUGGUUUCGGUGGUGAUCGCGGCGGCUUCGGCGGUGGCCGUGGUGGUGCGCGCGGUGGACGAGGUGGUGGCCGUGGCGGCUUUGGUGAUCGAGGUGGCCGUGGUGGUCGCGGUGGACGAGGUGGUGCUCCUCGCGGUGGUCGCGGCGGUGCUGCUGGCGCAAAGGGUGGUGCCAAGGUCAUUGUCGAGCCUCACCGUCACCCCGGUGUCUUCGUUGUCCGUGGUGGUAAGGAAGAUGGUCUUGCUACCCGCAACACAACCCCCGGCGAGUCUGUCUACGGCGAGAAGCGCAUCAGCGUCGACGAGGUCGUCAAGAACGACGACGGAACCACCACCACUACCAAGAUCGAGUACCGCAUGUGGAACCCUUUCCGAAGCAAGCUUUGCGCUGCCAUUGCUGGUGGUGCUGAUGAGAUCUACAUCAAGCCUGGCUCUCGCGUCCUCUACCUCGGUGGUGCCUCUGGUACUUCCGUCUCUCACGUCGCUGACAUUGUCGGACCUACCGGCUACGUCUACGCCGUCGAGUUCUCUUCCCGAUCCGGCCGUGAUCUCAUCACCAUGGCUUCCAAGCGACCCAACGUUGUCCCCAUUGUUGAGGACGCCCGUCAGCCUGCCCGUUACCGCAUGAUCGUGCCCAUGGUCGACGUUAUCUUUGCCGAUGUUGCCCAGCCCGAUCAGGCCCGUAUUGUCGCCAUGAACGCCAACUGGUUCCUCAAGGUCAACGGUGGUGUCCUUAUCUCCAUCAAGGCCAACUGUAUCGACAGUACCGCUCCCGCCGCCGAGGUCUUCGCCGCCGAGGUCCAGAAGAUGCGAGCUGAGUCCAUUAAGCCCAAGUUCCAGCUUACCUUGGAACCUUUCGAGCGUGACCAUUGUCUGGUUGCCGGCGAGUACUUGCGCUACAAGUCCUAA